CAAUACGCAGAAUGAAGAGUAGUCCCUCCGCCAAAAGACCGCGCAUUGACCGCCUAUUGUUUGAGACAUAGCUGUGUACGUCCUACUUCAUAUACAAUUAUUUGGAGACCUAUGCUAAGGAUAACCCCAUCCACGACGGAGUAACUACGUUUCUAUAGCGUAACGUCCGCUCAAAGCCAUGGGCCCCAAGAUGGUGAAAGAUCCGAAGAAGCCAAGGGGCAAAAUGUCCUCAUAUGCUUACUUUGUUCAGACGUGCCGUGAGGAGCACAAGAAGAAGCACCCUGAAGCGAGUGUCAACUUUUCAGAGUUCUCCAAGAAAUGUUCUGAACGUUGGAAGACGAUGUCCCCCAAGGAGAAAGGGAAGUUUGAGGAUCGGGCCAAACUAGACAAGGUCCGCUAUGAGAAGGAAAUGAGGACCUACAUUCCCCCCAAGGGCCAGAAGAAGAAGCGCUUCAAGGACCCCAAUGCCCCCAAGAGACCCCCGUCCGCCUUCUUCCUCUUCUGCGCCGACUUCCGGCAAAAGGUGAAGACCGAUACUCCCGGCCUCUCCAUCGGAGACACUGCCAAGAAGCUUGGGGAGAUGUGGAACAACUCCUCACCCGAGGACAAGCAGCCCUAUGAAAAGAAGGCGUCCAAGCUGAAGGAGAAGUACGACAAGGACAUGAUUGCCUACCGUACCAAGGGGAAGGUCGAGGUCGCUGCCGCGGCUCCACCACCCGAGGAUGAUGACGAUGACGAUGAUGAUGAGGGCGAUGAUGACGACGAUGAUGAUGAUGACGAUGAGUAGAAUGCAUUGGUAGUACGAGCUAGACUUUUGCUCAUGCCAUAUUACCCCAACCCACCAUCCCAAUGUACUCCGUUCACAUUCAGGAAGGAAAGUGACUGAACAAGAACAUGUGUAUAUUUAAUGUUUUUAAGAUGUACAGUGUUAUGCUCCUUUUUUUUUUUUUGUAAAGUUAA